GGAGACAUGAAGGUUGUAGUGAUGGCUAACACAACAACGUAAUUAAAAUAAGACACCGAGAGUGUUGGCAGCUCACACGGUGUCACGCGUUCGGAGGACAGUGAAGCACGGGAGGACUUUAGCAUCUUCGUGGAAGCAUCCAUUUCACAUCAGUUGGUGGAGGCGGUGCGCAUUCUCUCCGUGAAGCGAACGUCGCCUUUUUUUUAUUUAUUUUUUUAUUUCCCUCCCUUCUCCUUCCGACCUCACAAGUCAGUUUCCUCGAGCAGUUGGCGCCUCUCUCCUUCCGCGGACAUACAAGGUGUUUCAUAACCAGCAGCCUGUUUACUUGGCGACAUCGUCGAUAUUUCUCCCCCCACGCGGAAUUUGGAGUGGACGCCAAAACAAAACAAACAAACAAAAAAAGGAAUAAACGGGACGUUUCAAGUUUUCCUGGAAGUUGCGCCGAGACAGAAACAAACAAAACAAAAAAAAAAACAUGGGAAUUUGUGGCUAUUGGACUGUGUCGGGGAAAUGCCUGGUGGUCCUCGGACUGAAAUUAUUAUUCCUUGUACCCGCAGGAGUUCCGGCCAAAGGCGGGGAUUCGAUAUUAAAGGACAACAUCACAGUGAGACAAGGAGACAGCGCUGUCUUAAAAUGCAGUGUGGACAGUAAAGUGUCGAGAGUGGCAUGGCUCAAUCGCACCACCAUUCUCUUCACAGGAAAUGAAAAAUGGUCACCGGAUCCUCGUGUAAUACUGAUGGAAAAUACCGCAGUCACAGAAUACAGCAUCAAGAUCCAAGAUGUUGAUGUGCACGAUGAGGGACCCUACGUGUGCGCUAUCAUUACGAAUAAGAAACCAAAAUCCAUAAAAGUUCAUCUCGUCGUUCAAGUCCCUGCCAAGAUCACAAAUAUAUCCAAGGACAUCGCCGUAAAUGAGGGCAGCGAUGUCAAUCUCAUGUGCUUUGCUGUGGGUCGUCCAGAGGCGAACAUUAUGUGGCGGCAUCAUUCUCCAAGAGGCACGCAUAAAUUUGUAACAGAAGGAGAACACCUGGAGUUGAAAGUCAUUACCAAAGAGCAGUCUGGAUCAUAUGAGUGCAUUGCCUCGAAUGACAUAUCAUCCCCUGACGUCAGGACAGUGCAGGUCACCGUCAACUAUCCUCCCCUAAUUUCUAAGGCAAGAAGUACGGGUACUGCUGUUGGAAAAAAAGGAAUCCUUCAAUGUGAAGCCUCUGCUGUUCCACAUGCAAAUUUUGAAUGGUACAAAGAAGACCGCAGGCUUUUCAAUGGACUUAAAGGGAUUAAGAUAGAGAGUCAAGGCAAACAGUCGAUGCUCAUCUUCUUCAACGUAUCUGAAGAAGAUUAUGGGAACUACACGUGUGUUGCCAUGAACACCAUGGGAAUCACUAACGCCAGCAUAAUUCUUUAUGGUCCCGGUGCAAUGCAUGAUGUCAACGGUGCAGCCGUUUUGCCUCAAUCCCGCUUUUGCCCCCCGCUGAUGGUGACCUUGCUCUACCUGCUCAAGUUCUGAUAUUGAAAUGUGACGAACCUCCAAGCUUCUCUCCGCAUCAAAAAAGAACAGACUGUUUGCUCUGUAAAAAAAAAAAAAAAAAAAGAUGAGUGAAAACUAGGAGUGGUUCACCUUUUGGUUUUGAGGUCUUUUUUUCAAUUUGUUCUUUUGUAUUGGAGUCUGCUCUCUCACGGAUGUGAGGCAUCAAUCCCAUAAAGGAAAUCAUGAACUAAUUGUAUUGCUGAUAGAAGUACUGAGUGUGUGUCUCUCCCAAUUUUUUGUAAGUGAAAAAAAAAAAAAAGUUAAUAGUUGACUGUUUAUUGCCCAAUAUUGGAGUGCACAUUCUGAUUAUUAUUGUGUAAUGUCCAUGUGUACAAUGCAACUUAACUUUUUUUAAGUAAAUGAUAAAAGGGAAAUGUGAUUGUUGAAUUUGACUGUAUUUUUACAGUUGUAUGCAAAACAGAGUAAGACAUUCUUCAUGAUAAGCAGUUCUGAACAAUGAAUUCUCAGGCAAGUCCUACAACAUAAUGCAUUGAUAUUGUAGUUUACAUAAGAGCUUAGGAAAUGUACCAGUCCAUACAGAAAAAUAAACGUUUGAGUUAGAUGUUUUGUUCAUGAUGUAAUCAUAAAGCGCCGUAAUUGUUUUCUCUCUGCAGGCGUGUGAAUUUAAGAUGUGUGUGCAUAUACACCACGUUUAUUUUGGGGUUGUUGUUUUGCAACGUGUGUGAUAAGUAACUUGCAGUACGCAAACCGAACGUGCAGAUUUUCUUUUUUUUUUUUCAUAUGGAAAAGAAGGGUAAUAAAAAUAUGGAUUGUUGUGUAUCAUAUACUUUAAAUGUUACAGACAUCAGAUUUAAAACACAUUGUGAGAACGCAAAUAAUCAGACUAAAAAGUCCUCAAUCUAUAGUAGGGGAAAGAUAUUGAAAAAAUAAACAGUAGAGGUCGUAGUACAUAAAUAUGAAUGAGGGAUGUAACAAUAUAAAGACUUUGUAUGAGGGUUGAAAGAGAUGUGAAUCCUAAAACAACUCAUGAUUCGAUUCCAAUUAUUGGGUGAAAAAACGAUUCAGAACCAGAAUUCUCGCAAUAUACAUCAUUUGGUAUAACUUAUUUAUUUAUUUAUUUUUUUCAAAAUUAUGAAUAGAUUUAGAAUUGGGAUUCGGAUGGGAAAAAAAAAUGUCAAUACCCCAAAUGGUUAUUGUGACCAAAAUGAUCACGUUACCAUAUUUAUCUUAAUAUUGUUGCAUGUGUUUAAAAAGUACUUACCGGUAAUUAAAUACAAAAAUAAAGAAUUCAAAUUAACAACAGACACACAAUAUACGUUCCUUGACAUACCUUAAGCGCCAUAGCAGUGCUCAAACAUGUUUAUCUUCCGUUUUAAUUUUUAAAGGUUUUAGUGUGUUUCUUUGCAACAGGGAAAUACACGUUAGCAUUCAAGCUAGCUAGCGUCUAGCGUGCUUCUUGCUUCCGCAGGAAAUGAGCAGAAUCACCACAAGUUUGUCAAAGUGCGGUAGUCAAUCAUGGUUUUACAAUGAUUAAAAACUGAAUAUUAAUGCUAAUAAUCUGUAAUUUUACCGCAGUUUAUCAUUAUUCUCUUUAUUUAUUAAUUGAUCCAUGCAGCAAAUUUUAAACAGCCACUACUGCCCCGAAGUGCGGUACGAAUUAAAAACAGAAGAGGUACAAAAAAAUAAGAACAAUCCUGUUAAGUACAGAACAUGCUAUUUAUACAAAUACAGUUAAAUGAACCAGACAAUAAAAUGGUAAAAACCAAAUAAGCAGUAGAAGAAACUAUAAAAGUAGUAAAAAGGAAUGAAUAAAAAUUGAAAAAUGUCCAGCUCAGCGAGUGUUAAACGCCAACGCAAAUAAGUGUGUUUAUUACUGGUAGUGGUUACGUCCCUAAUAUAGGUUUAUGAAACAUAAUUAACACAAAUGAGGAUUGAGUUAUACACAAAUAUGCUCCUACAUAUUGUAAACAUAAUAAUCCAAUAAUCGUGAGUAAAUGUUGCGUCUACUUAGUGCACAGGCUUUUCCAGUUUUAUGAAUGCACUUUAUGUCCACGUUCAUCCCAAUCUGACCGUGAUAAAUGGACAUUUCGUUUUGUUUGAGCACAUUUGAAUGCUGCAUUUUUAUCCAUCGGGACAAAAAAAAUGAUUUUGCCGCACAAGUGAUUCAUAAUGUAAGUGUUAUAAUAUUGCUCCGUCGGCCCAUGUGCUUACCUUCAAGUUAACGUGUUAUGGUAAGUGCGACGAGCCUGGUGCACAUGGGAACGCUAUUCUUGUCAGUCUGUUUUAUGCGCGUCGCGUUGGAGGUGUCAGCUGUAGACAACAAGACAUGGGGAACAGGAAAAGUAGAAAAAUAACAACGGUGAGAAAUGGAUGUGGCCCUUUUAUCGCAGAUUAUUUCAUGAAAUCAUUUGUUUUAUUGUUCUUAUCAAAUGAGAACUGCUACUGGCAUUAACUUAAGUGUUUUUUAUACUUAAGGUAACAUUAAGAAUGAGCUAAUGUAUUUUAAUUUGUUUGCAGAAUUUUAGGUUUACGUACUCAAACUAAACUGUGUUGUCAUUCUUAAUGCAUAACUGUUUUUAAAAAUGUACUUUAUUUUCAAGGAUGAUUUAUGGCUUGGUUGAUGAAAACCUGUAUGUUUAUUGACAUUGCUGGAGACUACAAUAAUCACUAUCGUGGUAUAUUGUCAUUGUAUUAUUUUAUUGAAAGUUGUCCAUAAACUUGUUACGUGUAAAUUCAAGUUGCCUCCCAUUUGUUUUAACAACUGGCUUUCUGUUCUUGUCAGUAUUUGUGUUUUCACAUUAAAUCAUUGGCUGACGUGAA